AUGGUUGUCAUUCAAUGGAAAAUGUUAAAUAGAGAAGUAAGCUCAAUACUGGGUAGUACAGCAGAAAAAGAGGAGGAACGACAUCUAUUAAAAAACGAUGUUGAGAAGUGUGUAAAUUAUCACAACUUUCUAAUUAACUAUAUAAAACGUCUUAAUGAAACAGUUUGGUAUCCAAACAUGUUAAUGGUGUUUUUUAGUGUUACAGCAAUCUGUGUUGAAAUAUUUAUAAUAGUAAAUCGCCCUACUGAAGGCGAUUUUUUGACAAGAUUGAUGUAUUUAGUGGAAGAUACAUAUGAAUUUGUUUUAUUUUAUAUUAUACCGGGUCAAUUAUUGACAAACGAGGCAGAGAAUAUGAAAGAUUUUGCAUAUAUGAGUAACUGGUAUGAACAUUCCGUUGAAAUCAAAAAACCAUUCAUAAAUAUGGUCACCUGUAUUAGUAACAGACCAGUAACUUUAAACGCUGGUAAUUUUCUUGAUUUCAAUUUUAGAACUGCUCAUGAGGCAAUAAUUAAGGUAACGGUUGUAUUCAUAAAUUACAAAGAAACUGCUGUUCUAAUAAAUGAAACCAAACUAUUCUGGUCUAUAGAUGAUUUUAAAUUUGAAGAAGAAAGAUCACAAGCACAAUUUACGCUUAAAAUACUAAAAUUUUUCGCAAUAUGGUACCCUGCCGUAGGAUCUGUCACGGCAUUUUUUGUUCUUUUUGGACCCAUUGUGUUCCAGAAGAGAGUACUACCUCUUACUAAUUUCGUUCCAGAUUUUCCUCCAUACAUUUUUUUGUACAUUUUACAAGGCUAUUCAUUUUUAAUUGUUUACACUAGCAUCAUAUUUUUCGAUAUAUUAUUUGGAACAUUACUUAUGAUGAUCGUGAUUCAAUGGAAGUUUCUGAACCUUGACAUCACAAGAGUAUUAAGCAGUAACGUAGAGACGGCAGAAGAUCAGAAAUUGUUGCAAAGGGAGAUCAAAAAAUGUAUAGACUAUCACAUAUUUUUAAUUGAUCCCCCUGGAGACGAUUUUCUCAUCCAUAUUACGCUACUUAUGGGAUUAACAAAUGAGUAUUUAUUGUUUUACGUGAUACCAGGACAACUUUUAUCUGAUGAGGCUGAGAAUACAGAGAAUUCUGCGUUUUCUUCUAUAUGGUAUGAAAAUUCGACAAAUCUUAAGAAACCCAUGGUAAAUAUGAUAUCAAACAUUAGUAGAAAAUCGGUCAAUCUAACAGCAGCAAAGUUAUUUGAUUUUACUUUUGAAAAUGCUUUGAAGGCUGAGAAUACAGAGAAGUCUGCAUUUUCUUCUAUCUGGUAUGAAAGUUCGACCAAUCUAAAGAAACCAAUGUUAAAUAUGAUAUCAAACAUCAGUAGAAAAUCGGUGAAUUUAACAGCAGCAAAGUUAUUUGAUUUUACUUUUGAAAAUGCUUUGAAGUCCUACAAGCUUGUAUUUUCCUACUACAUGUUUCUGAAGACAAUGAAUAUAGGAAAACAAGAGAAAUAA